AUGCGCUAUCAGUGCCAACCACGAGGAUUAGUCAUUUUUAGACAAUUCCGGAGUAAAUGUGGAUAUUUGUUUGGCUUUUCCAGCGAGCGACCAUUUUAUCUGCAUAAAGAAAUCUGCAACGUAUUCUUCGACUUUUCUUUUUCUUCUAUUUUCUUCUUAUCUUCUCCUUUUUCCUUCUUUUUUCUUCUUUAUCUCCUUCUUUUUAUUUUCUUCUUUAUUUCGUCUUCUUUCUUCUUUUUCUUUGACUUUUCUUUUCAUCUUCUUUUACUUCUUUUCUUCUAUUUCUUAGCAGUAGCAACAGUAGUAACGUCAUUUAUUCAUUGUCGCACACCCCGUUUCUCAUUUCCUUCGCCUCAGAUACACACUCACGCGCCAUUACUUUCUAUCUAUUCAUUUCUAACCAUCUAUCUAUCUAUCUAUCUAUCUAUCUAUCUAUCUAUCUAUCUAUCUAUCUAUCUAACCAAGCUUAUUCAUAUCUAUCUAUCUAUCUAUCUAUCUAUCUAUCUAACCAAGCUUAUUCAUAUCUAUCUAUCUAUCUAUCUAUCUAUCUAUCUAUCUAACCAAGCUUAUUCAUAUCUAUCUAUCUAUCUAUCUAUCUAUCUAUCUAUCUAUCUAUCUAUCUAUCUCUAUCUAACCAAGCUUAUUCAUAUCUAUCUAUCUAUCUAUCUAUCUAUCUAUCUAUCUAUCUAUCUAUCUAUCUAUCUAUCUAUCUAA